CCAGUUCCAUUAGAAUGAUUACCAUCCAGCGAUCACUCCGGCCUCAAAGAUAGCCAACACGAUGAAAGCCGUGCCGUCUGUCAGAUUGAACGACGGCACAUGUAUUCCCUGUUGGAAACUAUUCACCUUGGAAUUGUUCCACUAACCUGAGAGGUAUCUCGUUUGGUCUAGUUGGGAAAUUCUGUCAUUCCCCAGGUAAGUUCAGGUGUGCAUAGGUACCCACUCUCGCUACACCUGAUGGUUGGUGAGCAGCUCUCUCUGAACACAGAGGUAACGGAAGCAACUUGGAUAUGGCAGCGGUACAGCGUGGCCGCAAUCCGACUGGGGUAUCUCCAUCUCGAUGGCGCUGAGAUCUACGGUACUGAAGCUGAACUAGGCCUUGCCAUUCGAGAGAGCGGCGAGAAGCGAGAGGAGCUAUUCGUGACCAGUAAGGUUGGCGUAAGCAUUGCAGAUAUCCCACGGGCCAUCGACACAAGUUCGCGAAAGCUCCAACUCAGCUACAUUGAUCUCGAUCUUCAGGAAGCUGGGGCUUCUAUGGAGAGAGUGAAAGCUGCUGGAAAGGCGCCGUCAAUCGGAGUCUCCAACUUCCUACAGGGCCAUCUGGAGGCCGUCUUGGAGACAGCUACUAUCCCGCCAUUCAUUAACCAGACUGAGUUUCAUCCUUACCUACAGCAUGACAAUCUACUGCAGUUCCAUGAGCAUCGAGGUAUCACGACUGCCAGUUAUGGAACCUUGGCCCCCAUCGUUCGGGCCAAGGGGGGUCCGCUCGAUGGCCUGCUGCCACAUUUAGCAAGAAAUAGCAAGGAAUCCCACCUCAGCAGCUAUCUGCGUGCUUUGACCUUCCAGUUGACUCCUAGAGAGGUUGAAGAGAUAUUCACUGCCGGUCAGCAGAAGCGUUUCAGGGCUUUCUGGCAGAAGAAGUUUGCGGCAUCCGAUCGUUCUUGAGACUGGCCAGCUGGGCACCCCUGUAUGUUGGGCCACUGUCAAUUUCCGCGCUGUAUGUAUUAACAUCCAGUCUUUGGUUCGCAGCUGCGAUUCUGGGCCAAUAAAAUCCGUUGGAUAUUGUUUUUCGAAAGUUUACGUUGUAGUCGGGCUCACAAAACCGGUUCCUUUGUCGACUGAAGGCUCUACUUUAAUACGGGAGGAGGAUAAAGAAAUGGGCUGGACAGAAUAGA